GGUGAUUGGGGGGCGUAGAGGAGGGUCGAGCGCCGGCCUCGAUGACAUCUCCAAACAUGUCAACAGCACACAUUGGACAACACGGCCCUGCCCUCACAACCCGAGCACAUGAAGGGCACAGCUGCUUUGUCCUCGCCUCGUCGCCAACCUGUUCACCGUUGAGAGUCCAAUCGCCUCAUUUUCGGAUACGUGAUCGUUGUUUCUGCACCCGGCCAUGACCCUGACAGUCGUCUCCGGCUUGGGCUCGAUCCUCUCCUUGAGCGUCCUCCUUGUCGUGAGCUCCGGCGGUCCCGUCGGACUUGACGGUUCGCUUCUCGACGCAAAAGACUUCCUCAGCCACUUUCUGGCCACGCUGAACGUCACCGGGCAGAAGACCCCGGGCAGGGCCCUUUCCGCUCCUAAGGAGCCCCCAGAGUACAUGCUGGAACUCUACCAGAGAUUCGCCAACGACCAAAGCGCCGUGCCCUCGGCCAACGUAGUGCGCAGUUUCAAGAAUGAAGGUAUGUCCCGCAAUGGUGUGACAUUCAGGGGUGUCAGGACACACCUGCUCCUCUUCAACAUCUCUGUUCCGCAUCACGAGGACAUCACCCGAGCUGAGCUUCGCCUCUUCACGCUGGUCCGUAGGUCCCAAAGACCCUACCUUGCCUGCAAGGUGACCAUUUACAAAGUCCACGGCGGCGUGAUUUGGACCAGGGAAGUCGGCAAGACUGUGCGAAGGCGGGAUCAAGAAGAAGAGGAGGAGGAGGAGCAUCUGGAGGAACUGCUGACCAAGCACAUAGUCGCCGAAGAUAGCAGCUGGGUGUCCUUUGACCUGACUCACGCCGUGGAGCUCCGACGAGAGUUUGGAUACGCGACGCUCAUGCUGGAGGUCCAUAUCGCCAUUUUUGGGUCGGAGGAGGCGGUGACGCGGGACGGCGAGGUCCUGAUUGACACCGAGGGGCAGCACAACGCAGUGAUGGUGGUCUUUUCGGACGACCCCGGCAAACGUCACGAGCGACGUGGGAACGACCUACCCGACCGACAGCUUAUCCGCGACACACCUCAUCGGCUCCGCCGCAAUGUUAAGAGCGAGGCCUGCAAGAGGACGCCGCUCUUUGUGGAUUUUAAAGACAUCGGCUGGGACACGUGGAUCAUCCAGCCGGUGGGCUACGAGGCCUACACGUGCAACGGCGUGUGCGGCGCCCCCCUGACCCCCGAGGUCUCGCCCACCAAGCACGCCAUCGUGCAGACGCUGCUGAGCGUUAAGAGCCCGGAGAGGGCAUCGCGUGCCUGCUGUGUGCCCACUAAGCUGGAGCCCAUUUCGCUCCUUUAUCACGAUAACGGGGUGAUCACUUUCAACCACAAAUAUGAGGGCAUGGUGGUGGCGGAGUGUGGCUGUAGAUAGUCUCCCACGCACACAGAUAAAGACUGAGGGCUUCAAACAUAGUCACUUCUCUACUAUACAUGGUGUAAAUUGUAUAUUAUUAUCUUUAUUAGUAUGUAAAUGGUUUGCUUAGUUUGUUUGACACCUACGAAUGAAAUUACCGUAAUGUUUAGACCUAAAGGGCAAGUCAAAUGCGUUAUUUAAUCAUCUAAAUCAGGGGUGUCAAACUCAAAUACAGCGUGGGCCAAAAUUAGAAACUGAACAAAGCCGCGGGCCAAGGUUGAACAAAUUAACCUUUUAAUAGGGACACAAAGAAGUUUUAUAUUGAACAAGCAAGGCUUGUAUAGUGACAUGCAAAAUCGAUUUUCAAAUAUUAUAGCAUCCCGUAAGAAUUAGUGCUGCAAGGGGUUCUGGGUAUUUGUUCUGUUGUGUUUAUGUUGGGUUACGGUGCAGAUGUUCUCCCUAAAUAUGGUUGUCAUUCUUGUUUGGGGUGGGUUCACAGUGUGGCGCAUAUUUGUAACAGUGUUAAAGUUGUUUAUACGGCCACCCUCAGUGUGACCUGUAUGGCGAUUGACCAAGUAUGCCUUGCAUUUACUUGUUUGUGUGUAAAGUCCGCAUAUAGUAUGUGACUGGGCCGACACAAUGUUUGUAUGGAGAAAAAGCGGACGGGACGACAGGUUGUAGAGGACGUUGAAUGCAGUGCCUUUGAGGCACGUCCCCAAUGAUGUUGUUUGGGUGGAAAUCGAGAGAAAUUCGGGAGAAUGGUUGCCCCGGGUGAUUUUUGGCAAGGGCACUGAAAUUCGGGAAUCUCCCAGGAAAAUCGGGAGGGUUGGUAAGUAUGAGUAUUAGCGGUGAUUGCGGUGUUAUAAUAUCGGCGGGCCAGCUCUAAUGUUAAUUUGAUAUUGCCUCAAGGGCCAAAUUAAAUUACACGGUGGGCCAAAUUUGGCCCGCGGGCCAGAGUUUGACACUCAUGAUCUAAAUGCUGUUCUUUUGGUGACAUUUAAUUAUGUCCACAUGAUGUCGGCAUGAUUGCAGACACUUUAAUAGGCACACUGUAGUUGAAUUCUGAUAAAACUGCUCAGUUGUGACAAUGUUAGAGAGGUAUUAAUGUGGUAUACAUAUACAAUUCAUACAUAU